UUGCCCAUACAAAAGUGUCAUGGCGGAAUACAUGUGCAAUGGUUAAACGGAUUUUUGCAAGGAAAUAUGUCUGUAUUUCAACUUCUUAGAGCAAGGGGCCUUAUUUGGAGAACAAAUGGACUUCUACGUUAUUGUAGAAGUGUAAAAACCAGACGCUUCAACAAAAUCGGCCCAUCAAAAUUGCGUGUUAAUGGCGAACGCGAGGAGAGGUUUAUAGUUCGAAGAUACUUCAGAACUUCGGCUCAUCUUUCUGACGAGAAAAACGAUAAUGGCACAGAUUCAGAAGAGGAGAGUCGAGAUUUAAUUUCAUAUGACCUCAGUGGUAAUACGUCUACUGCGGGGACGCCAUCUGAGGGCGAUUUCAACACGAUAUCUAGCGGAGAAACGUCUCUUGUUGAACCUGAGUUCUUGAGCAUCGAGGCUUUCACAGAUGUUUACGAACAGCCUUCUCCUAAGUGUCCAGGUUGCGGGGCUACUUUUCAAAGCGAUGAUCCCGGGAAGGGCGGUUACAUUAUACCUUCCAAGAAUCCGACUAUUGGUCAAAAAGGCCCAGAGACUCACUUAAACUCUCUUACAUUGGUUUGUCAAAAGUGUUUCAAUUUAAAGCAUUACAAUAAACCCUUUCCUGUUACUGAAACCUCAGGCGAGAUCAUGGAGUACCUGAGUCAAAUUCAAAGACAAAAAGGGUUGAUUCUUUAUGUAGUUGACAUGAUGGAUCUCCCUGGAAGUGUCUUUCCAGAUCUUCUUGAAACUGUGGGUGAGGCAAAGAGAAUCAUUAUUAUCGGAAAUAAAGUGGACAUGCUUCCAGUUGAGGGUAACCGUACUAGCAAGCAAGAAGAACACUUGAAAGAAAUGCUUUUCACAACUUGUAAAGCUCAUGGCCUUGAAGGUGCAAACAUCAAAAGUAUGUGCCUUGUUAGCACUAAGACUGGCUUUGGAAUCACUCAGCUGGCAAGCAAAAUAAUGGAACACUGGGAUCACAAGGGUGAUAUCUAUCUUAUUGGUUGCAGUAACAGUGGGAAAACAUCUUUAUUUAAUCUUUUCUUGGAUUUGUUUAGUGUUCACAAGAAGGCUGAUUUGCUGCAGAGGGCAACAGUCAGCUUGUGGCCAGGCACAACACAAAGAAUGUUAAGGUUUCCUAUUGGUCACUGGAUGUUACAGAAGCUGUGUUUAAGAAUGAGACAAGGUGUCGUAAAGAAGCCAGAUGACAGUGAAAUUGGAAUUGAUGAUGAAAUCAUUAGCAAAGAAGAAACAAGCUACAGAGAUAAAUUACCAAGAAGAAAAUUGACCAGAAAAGGAAAUCCAGUAGCUCUGGUUCCUACUCAAUCACAGACUGCUCUCGACAUUCUUAAACCAAGUUUUGUGAUGGAUGAACCUAACAAAAGUCAGACCUGGCUGUAUGACACACCAGGAAUUAUCAAUGAAAACCAGAUAACUAAUCUGCUGACAAUGGAGGAGAUAAGACGUUUGAAUCCAACCCUAUGGUUUGUACCCAGGACCUUUAUUCUCAAACCGGGUCAUUCCUUACUUUUAGGUGGCCUGGCCAGAGUGGACUAUCUUGAGAUAAAAAGAAAAAAGCAACACAGUGACAGUGAGUGGGACACAAUUCCAAAGGCGAUCGAGUCUGUGUUCUUUACUGUGGUGGCAUCUCCUAACUUGCCAGUUCACGUCUGCAGUGAAGAGCGCGCUGAUGAAGUGUACAGCAAACAUGCUGGAACAGAACUACUUGGGAUACCCGUCGGUGGAAAAGAGCGCAUGGAAACUUUUCCACCGCUAGGCUCACAAGACUUCACCAUCAAAGGAAUCGGCUGGGGCACUAGUGCUGCUGAUGUAGUACUGUCCAGUGUCGGUUGGGUGUCUGUGACAGCAGGGGUUGGGUCAUUAGUGACGGUGAAGGCACACACUCCUAAUGCUGUCGGACUUCACAUCAGACAACCAGCCCUGCUGCCAACUAGUGUGCAAAGGAGAGGCAAACGCGGAGUGAAAUAUCAGGGGCACAUCAGCUCAUCGCGAUUUGAAUGCACUCGGAAAAAGAACCCACAGUUUAUAAGCCAGGUGCGAGGCCAGAUUGCAGGCGAGUCCCAGUGGGUCAAGGAAAUCGAGAGAAAAAGAAAGGAACAGCGAUUCCUACUCAAGGCUGAAAAGCGAAGAAAAGCUAAAGACAGGAACUUACUGCAGCGAAGCGCUGUCAGCGACCCUCCAUACAUACCAGGGGCUAAGUGGCUUCCGCUACCCCGGAGAAAGCUAGAGGAGGAGGAGGAGAAGGAGGAAGAAGAAGAAGAAGAGAAACAGAAGUUAAUUGAAUGAAUGGGUUAUAUGUAAAGGAAAAAAGCCAAGAACCCCACGAAAUAGACUUCUCCUUGUCGAGAACAGUUCGGAUCGAUAAUUAAUUUGAAGUGCAUUUCUUAAGCCUUCCGAUAAGUUGAUCCAAAGGUCCUUGCAUUUGGAUUUUUUUCUCUGUAAUUUUACCCCCGUUAUGUCGAACUUCCGUUUUCCCGAACUAAUUUACUCAAUUUCCCUUUGAGGUUGAAGAAAUUGGGAUUCCCCUGCAAAUUCCCUAUUUUUCCUGUGGCUUCAAGACAACUUCGCAGUCCAUUGCACCUAUGUAGUAUGACAGCAGUUUUUGAGAUUGUUCGAAAUUCCUUCUCAAAGAAUAUACGCCGCGGCUGGCGUACCUUAGUAUUUCAAGCUUGCCAAGUUGUUCGCGAUUCGUUUCGUCCUCUGCCGGACUGCCAAGCAAGGCUUGGUGUAAGGCACCAUUUACAACAGAAAACGGGAUUGUCAGCUUGUUAUGUUACUGCAUAACUUUAAUGGUGUAGUUUAAAGAACGAUUGACAAUGGUGAUGUGAUGUGGAAACGGUUGUUUUUGUCUUGCUUACUGGACGAAGUAAUUGAUUGAUUGAACUUGCGCUCAGAAUGCCAGAAUGUUACGUUGUCAACAUGACUGAAA